AUGGCGUUAUCGUACAAUGCAUUAGCACAGUCUUUACAGGGGAGAAGCAUCUGCUUCAUCCCCAAAGCCUAUUGCAUAAGAGAUACCAAGCUAAGAAGCAGAUCCAAUGUUGUAUUCGCGUCAAUCGAUAAGAACAUUGCCCUUCAGGCUGAGGUAGAUAGCUUGUUGGACCGGAUAAAAUGGGAUGACAAAGGGUUAGCUGUGGCAAUAGCUCAAAACGUUGACACAGGAGCAAUAUUGAUGCAAGGCUUUAUUAACAGGGAGGCCUUAUCCACUACCAUCUCAUCUCGUAAAGCUACGUUCUUCAGUAGAUCAAGAUCAACCUUGUGGACUAAGGGAGAGACGUCCAAUAACUUCAUCAAUAUCCUCGAUGUUUAUAUUGACUGCGACCGCGAUUCGAUAAUCUACCUCGGGACACCUGAUGGUCCUACUUGUCACACUGGGGCUGAGACUUGCUACUACACUUCUGUUUUCGAUCAAUUAAACGAUGAUGAGGCUGCAGGAAACAAGUUAGCAUUAACAACAUUAUACUCUCUAGAAUCAGUUAUUUCCAAGCGGAAAGAGGAAUCAACGGUUCCUCAAGAAGGCAAACCGUCAUGGACUCGAAGGUUAUUGACAGAUGACACUCUUCUUUGCUCAAAGAUCAGAGAAGAAGCGGAUGAGUUAUGCAGAACGCUGGAAGAUAACGAGGAAGCUUCAAGAACACCUUCGGAGAUGGCUGAUUUGUUAUACCAUUCAAUGGUGCUUUUGUCUAAAAGGGAUGCGAAGUUUGAAGAUGUUCUUGAAGUUCUUAGGAAACGCUUCUCUCAAUCUGGAAUCCAGGAGAAGCAAAACCGCACAAAGUGA